CAAAAGACGGUUAAUUAGAGAUUUUGUACUUUGGCUUUGGACUAUAAUUAUAUUAACCUCUGACCUCCGACCACCAUGUGGCUGUGUUUCAUCAUCAGCUCCUGAAUUCUACAGCAGUCAGCACAUAAAGUUACUCAAAGCCUUCUGAAUGAUAUGGCUAAAUUUUUGGCCCAAAUGAUAGUGCUUGGUGGCCAAGCUGUUGCCAGAGCAUUCCGCCAAGCUCUGCGACAAGAAUACCAGGCAACAGUGGCAGCGAGACAGGAGGCUGAGCAAGCUGGUAGAAGUGGAACGAAUGCUGCCAAAGCUAGUUCAUUGACUGGAAUGAGCCUUCAAGAAGCCAAGCAGAUUUUGAAUGUUAAAGAGGUUGAAGAUAUAGAGAGCGUUAGAAAGAACUACCAACACCUGUUCCAAGUCAACAAAAAGUCGCAUGGAGGGUCCUUAUAUCUCCAGUCCAAAGUGGUGAGGGCAAAAGAGAGGCUGGAAAUGGAGCUUAAUCAAGAUAUAGCUUCCAGUGAGGCUCAUGAACCAACGACCGAGUCAGACAGUAGUAGUAGUGACAAAGAUCAGGGCUCCAAGACUUGAGUCUUUGUAAAUGUCAUUUGUCAUUAUUUAUUGUUUUGUUCAUGUUUCAAGUCACGUACAUACGCAUCAAGUGUUUACUAUCGCACAUAA